UAUGGCGCGUAGGUGCCCCUGAACCGUCUCGUUCCUCUUCUUCGUCCCCAAUCCCCCGGCACAGUGCUGCUGCCCGAGCUAGGGUUUUACCACCAAUUUCUCACCCGCAUCCGGGCGACCCCGUCCGAUCGAGAUGGUGGUGGAGGUGGGCGACAGGACGCAGUCCCAAAUGCGGUUCAACCACGCGGCGGCGGAGGGCGGCGACGCCGGCCUCCCGCCGCCGGUCCUCCUCGGCGGGGUGUCACGGCUCCACGCCGUCGACCAGGUCCGUCCGUUCCCGCGUCCUCUGGCACGCUCCGGACUUUCUCCGGAAUCUCGUCUCGCAAGGCACCGACCCCUGGGCGAUCGCCGCACGUUUCCGCUCCGGCCGGUUUCAGUUUCCGGCUCUCGGUGUCGUCUUCCUCGUGCCUCACGCUCUCGCCGCACAGGCAGCAACCCGCCUGCCUUUUCCGCACUCGGCUGCGUCGAUAUACUCCCCCCUCCUGGAUAGGCACUCGCAGCCCCAGAGCCCCCAUUCUCGCACCGCGAGGUUGUUCUGUGAGCGGCGGAUUCCGGUUGCUCGCCAUUUGGGGAGCUCAGCCUGGUGCGGCCCGGCGCUCCGGUGAAUCGUUCGUGGAGUUGAGGCGGGGUGCUCCUCCUUUUCCUCCUCACGAUGGCGGCCUGGAACCGGUCGAGGGACGUGAAUAGCGACCCUGAGCACUCCGGCGGCAGCUGGCGUCCUCCUCUGCCUCGGCCUGAUAACGGGGACACUGUCCGCCCAGUCCCUUUAUGGGAAAGAGAAUUCUGCCGCAACGCUUACGACAUUCCUUGGCAGACCUUCUGCGAAAAAAAGCGAUUUAUUAAAAUAUUAUUCAAAAACGUCAUGGACUGGGAUGAUUCAGGAGCACACAAGAAUUUCCUGGAUGCAAAGGAAAGGUUCAGGGCAAAAUAUUUUGGCGAACCUUAUGAGGAUCCUGUGGAAAACCCGGAUUUGUACAUCGAUGAGGUUGAUCACCACUGUGAAGUCAACCCGGAGUUGGUAGCUGGCCUUGAUAAGAUAGCUGGCAAUGACUUGGUAGUCGACCUGGGUUGGGGAGGCAUGGCGAAUAUGACACCGAUGAGUUGGGGUGCACCGAUAGGCAGUCUGAUGCCCCCAGGUUGGGGACAACCGGUUCCUAAUCUGAAACCCACUGGAUGGGGGGAACCAGCCAACCCGACACCUGACACUGCUUGGGCAGGUACGGCGAAUAUGACACCCAUGGAAUGGGGAGCACCGGCUGACAAUCUGAUACCCCCGGGUUGGGGACAGCUGGUUCCUAAUCUGAAACCCACUGGAUGGGGGGAACCAGCCAACCCGACACCUGACACUGCUUCGGCAGGCACGGCGAAUAUGACAUCCAUGGAAUGGGGAGCACCUGUUGGCAAUCUGAUACCCCCGGGUUGGGGACAGCCGGUUCCUAAUCUGAAACCCACUGGAUGGGGGGAACCAGCCAACCCGACACCUGACACUGCUUGUGGAGGCCAGCGUAAUCAAACACCAGGGGCUGUCAUGGGAGCCCAGCCUUACUCCACACCAAACAGCAGUAACAAUUACUUGCAUGGAGGUAGGCCAUCCAACAACUGGCAGCAGCAGGGGGUGGAUCCAGGACAGACAUCAUCUGGCACUGCAAGGAUGCUGGGCGGCGGUGGCGGUGGUGGCAGGAAUCGCAACCGUGGCGGUGGCGGUGGUGGCAGGAAUCGCAACCGUGGUGGCGGCGGUGGCGGUGGCAGGAAUCGCAACCAUGGCGGCAGUGGUGGCUUUGGCAGCAAUUGGAAUGGCAGCGGCCGCAGCGAACAGAGUAUCCAGCACGAGGGGCAACAGCGGCAGAGGACCGGCGGCGGCAUGCAGAGGAACCACCAGGACGAGGGGCAGCGCCAGAUGAGGAGCAUGGGCCGGCAGCAGCAGGGCCAGAGGGGAAGGAGGAUGGAGUGGCGUCCCGUGCAGCACAACAGGGCUCCCAAAGAUGAUCCUGCCGCUUGAUCUCUCGCCAGGCAAGAUUGCAUAUUUGUGCAGCCAGUUUUGGGCUGGGCUUCUGCUAGCACAAGUGGUGCCUGUAAAUACAAUGUUUGUCUUGUUUGUUAGAGUUGUGCGCUGCCCCCGCCGCCGCUCUUCAGGAGCUGCUGCGGCCUUGGUUUACUAAUGUUGUGCUGAUGAUGUUGUAAUGUCAAUGUUAAUGGGAGUAUGACAGUUUGGAGCAAAGUUAAUAGUGCUCAUCUGGUUAUAUUUCACUGUCUA